GUUCUUCACGAUUGUUCACGAGUCACCUCACGGUAAUCACCCAACCAUUGUAGAAUGGGUUCAGCUAUCUUUCCAUGCAUUGAAACCCCAACCUUGAAUCCAUAAACAAACAUGUCUGGGACCUUGUCCCAGUGUGGCAACCGACCGAGUGGCUUCCUUCGGCUUCCAUUCGAGAUUCGUGAGACUCCACUUCUUACGGGUCUGAGGCAGCUCUGCCUCGUCGCGGAGCAGCCAUUGGAGGCCGGGGCCUACUUCGAUGGCUCUACCCUCGAGCAGGAAACGCAGAUAUGGAUUGAAUGGCUGGGGCCGAUCUUACGAUACCUCGCGAAGAAUAUGUCGAAGACGACUACUGUCAGUGUGGAUGAUAACGACGUGGUGGAGACGGGCGAACUCAUGCAGAAAUGCCUCAGCCCUGGCUAUAACAAGGUACAGACUGUGACUGGAGAUGAAAUUUUCCUGAGAAGUCAGUUCUUGGAGGAGAGUGAUUAGUGGGAUGAUAUUAAUGACAUUGAUGGUCCGAACUCUGCAAGGGAUGGUAUAGGCAGCGAUUAGUCUGAUUAAUGCCCGGACCAGAGUUCAAAGAAGUUAAUUAACUUCUAUCUACUCAACGAUCUUAUCUGGGCCGAUCCAGAAGCGUGCAAGAGGUUUCCAGAAGUGGUUCCGUUGUUGUAGAGGAGUCGCUACAGGCACUCAGAAAAGAGCACGGGAUAUAUUAGAUGCAUUUGUGUCUCUGUCGGGGAAGCCCUUCAAGCCCCUGUGCCAUGAUAUGCAGAUCUUAAAAGCAGAUUGAUCUAGGGCACGAGAAAGAAGUGGAAGCACCACAAGAAGGUUCCUAGGCCAUCUAUAGGAUGAGGUAUUAACGGUAGCCUUAGUCGGCCUAAGUAUAAUCUCAGAGAUCAAGUUCUCAGAGUUCGAUAAUCCAUCGGACAAGUUCAGUGCAGAGCACAGAAGGCGUGGGGUUCUCGUGAUUCGAAGGGUAAUCCCCGAA